AUGGCUGCAUCAUCCACCCAAACUCCAUCGCAACUCAUUAGUGACCUCACAUCCCCAUAUUUCCUCACUGCUGCCGACAACCCUGGAGCAACCCUGGUUCCAGAACUCCUCACCGGUGAUAAUUACCCAUCAUGGCGACGUUCCAUGCGUAUGGCUCUCAAUGCCAAAAAUAAAUUUUUUUUUGUUGAUGGCACUUUAACAAAACCUGCAGAUGUGUCCAUAGCUACACUGUGGGAGAGGUGCUGUGACAUGGUCCUUUCUUGGUUACUCAAUUCCAUCGACAAAUCCCUAAGGCAAAGUUUGAUCUACUGUCAAAAUCCUUUUGAAGUUUGGAAAGACUUAGACCACCAAUUCUCUCAAAGCAAUCAUCCACGGUUGUAUCGUCUCAAGCAUGAUCUCGUCAACCUCUGUCAAGAUUCUAUGACUGUUACAGCCUACUACAACACCAUCAAGGGGCUCUGGGAUGAAUUGCACAAUUUACAGGAACCCACUUCUUGCACAUGCAGUGCUCGAGAAAAUGCUUCAGCAAAGGAAAACAUAGAACAUUUAUUCCAAUUUUUCAUGGGCCUUAAUGAUUCCUUCAACAAUAUCAGGAGCCAAAUUUUAGCUAUGGAUCCACUACCCUCCAUUGCCAAAGCAUAUGCUACUGUUCAUCAAGAGGAGGCACAGCGCCACCUUCAUCUACCUCUCUUACCCACACCUGACAACACACCCAUGGCUGUUUCUCGCCCUUUCAAUCAAGUCCACAACAGAGCAAAAAUGGCAAGAAAUGCUCCAAAUGCGGCAAAGAAGGUCACUUGGUUGAGAGCUACUAUGAGAUUAUUGGAUACCCAGCCCAUUGGAACACUUCCAAGCCUAAACAGAAGCCUACUGCUGCCACUGCCAACGCAGUAUCUUGGGCAUCUUCUCCUUCCACUGCAAGUGUAA